CCACUAGAAUCAUUUGGACACAUUAUGCUGAGUUUUGCUGAUUGGCCCCAUGUGGGUGUAGCCAGAGUGCUUUUUCCCAGCUGGGGAUGCCAGCUGUCAAUCAAACAGCAUCUUUAUAAUUGGCCUCAGAGGCUGCAGCGCCGCGUCUCAGGAUAACGCGGAACCAGAUCCCCAUCUCGUUGAAAUCAAUGGAAAAGCCAAUGGGGGGCAAUGGGAGUGUGGUGAACAGCUCCGUCUACACGUGGAUCUUCAAUGACCGUGACUCGUUCCAGCACCUGGAUCCUAAUGAGCUCAGGGUCCUGGUACCAGCCAUCCUGGGAGUCAUCUGUGUGUUGGGGGUGGCUUGUAACCUGACUGCAGUGGUCAUCCUGUGCUCAAACGCACACAGGGGCAAACUGUCUCUCAUCAACUCUCUCAUCUUCAACCUGAUGUUUGCAGACGGGCUCCUGCUGAUGUUCACGGUGCCUUUCAGGGCUGCGUCGUACUCCAAGGCCAGCUGGAAUCUGGGAUGGGCUGUGUGCAAGACGGCCGACUGGUUCCUCCAGUCCUGCAUGGCGGCAAAGAGCCUCACUGUGGCGUUCAUGGCCAAAGCAUGCUGCCGCUAUGUAUCAAACCCCACCAGGCAGGUGAGCAUCCACACGGGCAACAUCCUGGUGGUGCUCUUCUUCCUCUGGCUGUCUGCAUGCUCCGUCACCAUCCCUCUGUGGCUUUUUGCAAAGCUGGAGGAAGGGAUUCACGGACUUGUGUGUGUGCUGAGGGUCUCUCCUGAAGCCCGGGAUUUCAUGUCAGUGUAUGUCAAAGCAUACCCUCUGGGGGUCUACGGUGCUCCUCUUAGCUUUGCCCUGAUGUACUUCUGGAAGGCUUACGGCCACUGCCAGCGCCGCUCCAGUAAAACUCAGAAUCUGCGCACUCAGAUCCGAUCCAGGAGGCUCACCUUAAUGCUCUUCAGCCUCACCGUGGCCAUGGCUGUGCUCUGGCUACCCCAGUGGGUGGUGUGGGUUUGGGAGCGUCACGUAGCGGGUAAAGAAACUGAAGGACAGCCCCUCAUCUCCUCUCCACCUAUUUUCCUGACCCUUUCUGCUCAGCUGCUCACCUUCUCUCUGUCGUUGGUGAACCCUCUCAUCGUCCUCUUCCUCUCUGAGGAGUUCAGAGAAAGUUACAGAGGUCUGUGGAGGCGCCUCACCCUGCGCAAGCAGCCUGCACCGAAACCUAAACCUGGACCGCACAAUCCUACCUCUCUCCAGUCUCCUUGUCCCAGACCAGAAACGUCAGGCCAGCUGAGCAAAGCGAGGAGUCGCCAGUUCAGCUUCAGCCAAGAACCAAGCCGUGGGAGUCAGCUCCAGCUGGAGGAAGGUGCAGAAAGGAGUGGGAACGAAGAGGACAGGGUGAGCCUGAAAGACGGGAUGGUCUUUCCUGAUGUGGAGCAGUUCUGGCAAGAGAGAGAGACCGGAUCGCAAACAGAGGAAAAUGACCCGGUGCCGUGGGAACACCAAGCUAAAGAGGACAAACCAAACCUCUGAGAGCUGCAGAGUAAAUCACUGAUGUUCUGUCUGCUGUAGUUAGUUUUGUUCAAAGGUAAGGGCUGAAACCAAGAGGACUACAGAUACAGCAGUGUCAUCCACGUAGAAAGAAACUUAGAUCUUUAGGAAGCAGAAUAGAUUCAAAUGAUUGUAAACUUGUUAUCAGUGGCUGUAAAUAAAGCUUGAUUUUAGAACACAGCGUCUCUUCCUACGCAGAGAGCUCGGAAUAACGCCGCAGAAAGUAACGAUCCUAGAAACCGUUGUAGAGCUAGCUAGUCUAGAAGUGUGAGAAUAAAGCUCUGUUAACUCUGGGAACUGUGUUUGCAUUAAAUGUGACAGAAGUUUUCAAUAAAAGUUGUGUGAAAAAGUA